CCUCGUCAGAAGGAGACUCAAUCACACUUUACGCCCCCAUUGCAGGGUGUUAUUUAAGCGGCCCAAAUCCCACACAUUCUCACAUCUCGCUGCGUCAACCUACCUUGCCAACAUAGUCAUCACCACCACCAUUAUGACUCAAACCAGUGCUGACUACAUCAUCAUCGGCGGCGGCACAGCCGGCCUGGUGGUGGCCCACCGACUGUCCGAAGACCCUAACAUCGAAGUGCUUGUGCUGGAGGCGGGGCCAGACCUAAGCUCGGAGGAGCGUAUCCAGGACCCGAAUAUAUGGCCCAGCCUGCCUGGCUCCGAUGUGGACUGGCAAUUCAAGACCGUGCCGCAGGUGGGAUUGAACCACCGCGAGCAAGAGCAGGCUGCCGGGCGGCUGCUGGGCGGCACCUCCUCUAUCAAUGGGCUGGCGUUUGUGCCGCCGUCCCCAGCGGGCAUCGAUGCCUGGGAGGCGCUGGGCAACACUGGCUGGUCAUGGAAGAAGCUGGCCCCGUACUUGUACCGGAGCUUCCACGUCUCGAACCCAGCGGAAGAAGGGCGAGAGGCUCCUCCUACGGGACAGCUUUCUUCUGGCCCGGGACCCAUCGAAGUCACAUAUCCCGCGCUGGCCGAACCGGCGAACCACUCCCUCAUUGAGGCCUGGAACCAGACUUUUGCAAACCAGGGCUACGAGCUCAGUGACAGUCUGAUCCCCACCCCAACCAUAGGGGUCCGUCCCUACGCCGCUACUAUCACUGCCAACGGCGUCCGCAGCGCCAGCACGCAGUACACCACCGCGGCCGCCUCGCGCCCUAACCUGCGCAUCCUCACCAAUACCACUGUGGCGCGCAUUCUCUUCGAAAACAGGACGACCUCUUCCUCCGCCUCCCUCACCGCCACUGGGGUUCUUAUUCACGACAAUCCUACCCCAAUCACCGCCACCAAAGAAGUCAUCCUCGCCGCGGGCGCCUUCCAGACCCCUAAGCUCUUGGAGCUGUCCGGGAUCGGCGCCGCCCCGUUGCUCGCGAUGCACGGCAUCCCCUGCCGCGUCGACAACCCAGCCGUGGGCGCCAACCUGCAGAACCACAUGAUGGCCCUCCUCCCCGUCCCAAUCCAGCGGGAAACCGUCACCCCGACCCCAGGCGUCCAAGCCCUCGCCUUCGUCCGCUCCGGCACCGAAGCCGACCUCCUCGCCCGCCACCCUCCUCCCCCGUCGCCAUCACUCGCGACUCUCCUCACCAACCCCGCCGAACCCACUGCCUGCCUCUUCCUCAGCACACUCCCGGACUCAGUAGCUCUGCUCGGGCUGAUUCCCUCCUACCCGCUCUCCCGCGGCUCCGUCCACCUCGCCUCCGCCAACCCGAAAGACAAACCCAUCGUUGACCCCGACUUUUUCUCCCAUCCGCUCGACCUCCCGCUCAUGGCCGCCCACUUCCAGACCCUCCACGCCCUCCCCACCCGCACCCCGCUAAGCAGCUUCCUCGGGGAGUCACCCAGCCUCGGCGACAGCCUCAUAGAAGACGUGCUGCGGGCGUCCGCCGUGGCCACGCACCACUCAUGCGGGACGGCCGCCAUGGCGCCCCGCGCCCAGGGCGGCGUCGUGGACCCGGAGCUGCGGGUGUAUGGGACCGCGAACCUGCGCGUCGUCGACGCGAGUGUGUUUCCGGUGCUGUCGAUGGCGAACCCCAUGGCGACGGUAUAUGCGGUGGCGGAGCGAGCGGCGGAUUUGAUUCGGGGAGGGGGACAGAAAGCAUAGAACGAAGGGGCGGAUCACCAUUUUGGGGGGUUGAGAAAGAUGUAGGGUUUUCUCUUGACUUGCAGGGCGAAUAGUUAGACCGAAUCAAAUGACCUUUAAGUGUAGAUGAAAUGACUGGGCUGGAUGUUUCUGGAGGGCUUGUUUCAAUUUGCAGUGGCUGUUUUUGUUCUCGGUGUAAAGGGUAUAUAGAUUCCUACGAGUUAGGUUCUUCUGACGUAUAGGAUAGAAGUUCAGGUAGGGGCUAGGUUUCAUAAAUUGUUCUUUCCUUCUUACUAACUGGUUCUCCGGCUCACAGAGUGAUAAAUCCACUCAGGUCAUAUUGAUCUUUUUGAAGUCCCGAGUCAUGUCGCAUCUAUCUGAGCAAACUGCAAAUCAAAGACUGUGGAACUCGCCUUAUCCACCACGUGACGGGACGAGUAUACGCUGCACAUAGAAUACUCCCU